AUGUGCAAUAUUUUGACUGCUUCAGUAUCUUCUGUUUUCAUUUGCUUCUUGUCGUUAUUAUCCACUACUUUACAUUUGCUUCUUUCUUUUCCACCAAAGAAGACUUCCUGUCUCCACAGAUCCUUCCACUGCACUCUGGCUAGCUCGACCUCUGUUCGCCUUUCUUUACUUCUCCAUUCUCUUCCUUCUCUCUCUCUCUCUCUCUCUCUCUCUCUCCUUCUCUUUCUUUUGUUUCACUCUUCGUUCACCUCUCUCUCUCUCUCUCUCUCUCUCUCUCUCUUCUUUUGCUUGCUUUUCUUCAUUCUCCUUUCUUUCUUUUUUCGCCUUACCCUUUUUCUAUUCUUUCCCUUCUACUUUCACUUCUUUUUUCUACUAUUGACUCUCUCUUCUUUCGUAACCCUUUCUUCUUUCAUGUCUCUCUCUCUCUCUCUCUCUCUCUCUCUCUCUUCAAUCUUUUUGACUGUCUUUGACCCACCCUCUUCUUUCGCUAAUCCUUCUUCUUUCAAUUCUUUCUCUCUUCUCUUUCUCUCUGCUUUCGCUUCUUUCGUUUCUCUCUUUCCCGAUCCUCUUUUUCCAUGUCUUUUUCGACACUAUUUUCUCUUUUCUUUCAUCUUUCGCUUUCCCUCUCUCGUCUGUGCUUAUCUGUCUUAUUUUUCCUUUUCUUUCUGUUUUCCUCAUCAUCAUCAUCAUCUUCCCUCUUUCUCAUCUUUUUAUGUCUUUUCCCCUUCUUUCUUUCUGUUUUCUUCUUCUGUUUUCCUAACUUUUCUGUCUUUUCUCUCUUUCAAUAAUUCUUCCUCUUUAUGUCUCUCUUGUUCUCAGUUAACUACUUUAAUUUUUCUCUAUUUUUUAUUCAUUUCUCUUAAUUUCCCAAAUUAUUCUUAUGCUUUCUCUUUGUAUCUCUUAUGCUUUCUCUCUCGAUCGCUUCCUUUAAAUUUUCUUAUACAUUAUUCUCCUCUCUUUCGUCACCUCUCUCUUUAUACCUUUCCUACAUCACUCUCUCCUCCAUAUAUAUCUCAUGUUACCCUUAUCGCUUCUUUCCUUCUGUCAUCUUAA